GCUGCAGAGAUGAAGGUUUUGGUCCUCACGCUCUUCUGCCUCCUCAUUUCAGUGAAGGAAGGCAAAGUGUUUGAGAAAUGUGAACUGGCUGCACUUCUGAAACAGCAUGGACUGGAUCAAUACCACGGCAUCAGCCUGGCCGACUGGAUCUGCACAGCUUACCAUGAAAGCAAAUACGAAAGUAGUGCUGUGGGGCCACCAAACACAGAUGGCAGUCAGGACUAUGGGGUUUUUCAAAUAAACAGCCGCUAUUGGUGUGACAAUCAACAGGGCGAAACAGCCAAUGGAUGCAGAAUCUCCUGCAGUGCUUUCACAGAUGACAACAUCACAGAUGACAUUGAGUGUGCUAAGACAGUCGUUCGUGACCCCCAAGGGAUGGAUGCCUGGGUUGCUUGGAAGAACCAUUGCAAAGGAAAGGAUCUCUCUGAGUGGACAAUUGGCUGCAGCCUUUGAGCUCCAUAGUCCUGUAUGAGAUGCAGCAUUUCUCUGGAUUUCCCCUUCAGUGAAAGUGAUCUCUACAAUCAAAAUCCAGCUGCUUGUUUCCAUACAAGCAUUUACAUACUGUAACUCCUAUGGUGCAGUAGAAUAGCUCUCUUUCUACAGGAAGGAGAGAGUGCAUUUUUAAAUAAAAAAAAAUGUGUCUGGAGGUCUUGCUUGGCAUUCUUGGCUUCUCUGCUUUAAGAACUUCAAUAAAUUGA